UUUCUAUAUUUAUUUUACACAUGACAGUGAACAAGUGUCAGGAACCCAACGAUAUUGAAGAAUGUGUGAAUAGCAACCGUCUUUACCAUUCAGAUAAAUACCACGAGAUAUCUGAAGUGGAGCAAACUCGGAUCCAAAAGGAUCUAUUAGAUUGGUACCAUGUAGAGAAAAGAUUGACCAUGCCUUGGAGAAAAGACAAUGACCUUUCUUGGGAUCGUCAAGCGUUGGGACAAAGAGCCUACGAAGUUUGGGUGAGUGAAAUUAUGUUACAGCAGACACAAGUGGCUACCGUGAUUUCAUUUUACAACCGAUGGAUGGAAGCUUUCCCUACCAUUCAUGAUCUUGCCAGUGCAGAUAUUGAAAGGGUCAAUACAUUAUGGGCAGGACUUGGAUACUACUCCCGUGCGAAAAGACUAUGGGAGGGAGCACAAAAGGUAGUGAAUCAAUUAGACGGGUUAUUACCCAACAAUGCCAAGGAUUUACAGGCAGAAAUUCCCGGUGUAGGUAGGUACACGGCGGGUGCGGUCGCUUCCAUUGUCUUUGGACAAUCCACACCUGUCGUCGAUGGCAACGUGAUUCGUGUCUUGGCUCGUAUCAGAGCAAUUCAUGCUGAUCCUAAAAAGGCCAAAACCGUUGAUUUAUUCUGGGAUAUUGCCGCCAGUCUCGUACCGCAAUCGAAGCCAGGGGAUUUCAAUCAAGCUUUGAUGGAAUUGGGUGCGCGUGUUUGUACACCGCAAAAUCCAGAUUGUUCCCAUUGUCCUAUCCAGAAAGAUUGUCAUGCUUUUAAGCAAUUAGAAAUGGUCAAGUCACUUUCAAAAAAUGGAUUCUUCGCUGAAAAGAAAAAGAGAAAACAAAUAGAGAUCGAACAUGAAUGUUCAACUUGUCAUGCAUUGGAUGCAAAUUUAGUAGAGGACGACUAUACUGUAACUAGAUACCCUCUUAAAGUCGAAAAGAAGGCACCUAGAGAUGAAGAAUGUGCCGUUAGUAUUGUAGAAAGAAUCUCACCAAACAAAGAACCACUCUAUUUAAUAUCCAAAAGACCAGAAACAGGUCUUUUGGCUGGACUUUGGGAAUUUCCUACACUAGAAUUGACAAGUUUAGAAAGCAAGUAUAACGAGCGUGUGAAAGGAUCAAGCGAAUAUCUCAAGAUGCGUUACGGGUUAGAGUUUGAUACAACGCCUCACCGACAAGAUUUGGGCAACGUCGUGCAUUUGUUCUCUCAUAUUCGUAAAGUCUAUCAUAUUGAAUGGAUUCAGUACGAACAUGAGAAAGACCUGGACGAUGAAAAGGAUGUGAAAUGGGUGACAUUGGAGGAGUUAAAGAUUUCACCUAUUCCUACAGGAUUAAAAAAGGCAUUGAAAUUAUUGGAAAAGUUCAAGACAACCACAUCUACUCCGCUGACGAAAAAGACACCGGUUAAAAAGGCACCUGUGAAAAGGACCAUCAAGACAGAAGACACCCCAACGAAGAGGGCAGCUGUAAAGAGGGUUACAAGAGCACAAGAUAUAGGAGUGAAAAAAGUCUCUAAUACACAAACAAUUACCUCUUUUUUCUCUGUGAAAAAAGAUGCAAAAUAAAAAGAUAACAAGG